AUGGCAGACUCGUGGAUGUAUCAGUACUCACAAGAAAACGUCGGCAGCCAGCAACCCAUAGGCUCUGCUGGAUCGACACCCGGACCUGGCUUAUCUGCCUUCAGGGAGCCUAGUUCGCCUACCGAAUCCUCUUCCAAAACACCGGUCCACAGAGUUCGGCGUCGUAACCGACUGAUCACAAGCUGCCUAGAAUGUCGUCGACGCAAGUUGAAGUGCGACAAGGUCGCGCCAUGUACGAACUGUGUCCGCUUCAAGCGCGACUGUCUCUAUGUCGCGACGGCGGAUCCGACUAGUCAGGCCAAGCUCGCCGACCUCAAGGAGAAGAUGGGCGCUCUUGAGCGUAACCUGGAGCUGGAGAUGGCGAGUAAAUCCGGCAAGCCGCAUACCGGAGGCGCCAAUGUGACGAGGAUCGCACCUGUGGACAGCCACACUCAUAUUGACGCGGACGAUACCGACGAUGCGCCCGAUGAUGAAGAUGUAUUGGAACCUACCCCCUUGGCCGCACUUGACAACACGUACGAAGACAACGGCGACGACGAGCUGAUGGAUUUAGGCGUGCAGAUGGGCAAGAUGCGCAUUUCCGAGCGCAUCGGCGGUUGGGUUCGACCGAAGCUUGUGGACGAGCUCAACGACACGCUCAAGGACGUCACGGGUGGCAAGUCGAGAUGGUCUAAUUCGCCUUUAGCGAGAGACCACCGUGACAUUCACCCGAACGUGCAGCAACAGCACGCUAUCAAGGCGAGCCCCAAGAGCUACAUCGGGCCUGGACCGGACUACAUUGCUCCUGCUUCCAGCUUCUUCUUCCCUGGCACCAACAUGAACACUAGUCUAGUUGACUAUCUGCCGUCGAAGGCUGCAGCCGACCAGCUUGUUACGCAAUAUUUCUUCGCGGUGCACCAGGUGUGUCGCGCGGUGCAUCGACCGACAUUUGAGACUCAGUAUGCUCUGUUCUGGGCCCAGAUAGCGACCGGUAGCGAGCCUGUGCCUGCCACCCAAGCCGUCGUCUUCGCAGCCAUGUUCUCCGCUGCUGUGAGCUUCACGGAUGUCCAGGUCACGCAACGCUUCGGGACUUCAAAGGCAGCGCUGAUCGACAGUUUACGCUCUGGCACGGAGAUGGCAAUGGCAAAAGCGAACUUCCUACGCACCACGAGAGUAGACGUGAUGCAGGCAUUCGUUAUGUACCUCAUCCCCCUGGUAAGGGCGGAAGUCUCACGUGCCCACUCGGCGCUUGUGGGUACGGCAAUUCGUCUGGCAGAGUGUAUGGGUCUGCACCGCGAUGGGACACAUUACGCCAUGAGCCCGGUAGAUGUGCACGUGAGACGGCUGCUCUGGCACCAGCUGUGCUUUCUGGACUUACGAACAUGCGAGGCUACAGGGCCAAGACCGCAGAUCAGACCCGGCGAUUACGAUACCAAGUUUCCACUUAACGUGAACGACUCCGAUCUUCUCAACGAUGCCACUGCGACCCAAGACAGACUAUACUGGACCGAUGCGACUCUCUUCCGUAUCAGAGCAGAGACCGUCGAAUUGCGGAGAGGGCUGUUCUUUGAUAUUGUGCAGAUCGACAAGAAGAAGAAGUCGCUAACAUCAACUAUCAUUAAGAUUCAGAAGACAUGGAAUGCGCUAACGGAGAAAUACUUCGCCAUGGCUAAUGACUCUGUUCCACUACAGGUUUUGGGCAAGCAUGUCCUGACUCUUGGCGUUCAAGGCUGCUUCCUCGGAGCACUGCACCGUUACCUGUUCAGCACGGCUCAGAGAAUGCCAGAUCGGCUAAGACAGAUUCUUAUUGAAGCCGGUCUGAUGCAGAUGGAGACGGCCAUCAAGCUCGAAACGUCUCCCGAACUAGCUCCUUGGGCUUGGUAUAGGGGAGCAUUCAAUCAAUACCACAGUGCCCUCUUGCUAAUGGUAGAGGUCUAUGCCUACCCAAUGCGCAAGGAUGCUCCGCGUAUUUGGAAAUGUCUGGACUACAUCUUCGACAUCCCACCGCAUCUGUCGCCGAAACAGAAGGCGGAGCUCGUCAUAACCGAUUUGCGAGACCGCAUGGAGGUGUAUCAUAACAUGCGGAAGCUGAGGGCAACCACGCAGAUGGAGGAACGGGUAAGCUCUAUGAGUCACUCUGCGCUGCCCAACAAGAGGGGCUGGGACGUAACCGGCAGCUUGACCUCUCUGCCGUCAGGUGCGCAGACCGCAGUGACCCUACCACCCAUGGACUUCAGCCCGCCGCCAGUGGAACCAGGCAGCUCCGAAGGCGCCAACAGCAGGCAUGGAAGCUACGGGGGAGAGGACACUGACGCCGUCAUGACGAUGAUGGAUGACAUUGACUGGAACGAAUGGGACAAAUACUUUCCGAUUGAGAAUAACAGCGGUGAGCUUAAUGUCGCAGAGUACGACUUUGCGAGUUUCACUGGCGGCUACAGUGGCGGUCCAAGUAUGGAUCCAUCCGCAGCAUUUGCGGCUGCUGCAGCCGCUACUGGGACACUUCCGAUACCUGCAGCACAAGACCUGGCAGACGUCACUUUCACACCGGCGUACUACCCGUCGCACAUGCCGCGGGGCCAGCCGGGCCUGUAG